CGGGCCAAAUUUUCGCGGGAAAUUCCAGUGUGUGAACAAGCGACUUGACGAGAUAUACCGACUAGUUGUAUAGCUGCAAUACUAAGCUUACAAACCUAAAGUUAACUCAGUACACGUUACCUGGGCAGUUCAGAGAGUACAAGGAAACACAAAGCCAUGCAGCGAGCGGCGCGUAUGAAGCGGGAGGUGGAGAUGUUUGCCCGUGAUCCGCCCCCGGGAAUCUCCUGCUGGCCGAAGGGAGACAAACUGGAUGAACUCGAAGCUCAAAUUCUUGGAGCAGAAGGAACACCCUACCAUGGCGGUGUGUUCAAGUUGGAAAUACAAGUCUCAGAAAGGUACCCAUUUCAGCCCCCUAAAGUGAGGUUUGUCACCCCCAUCUACCACCCUAACGUCGACGAUGGGGGAAGGAUCUGCCUGGACAUUCUCAAGAUGCCUCCUAAGGGUGGCUGGAAGCCGUCUCUGAAUGUGUCGACCGUCCUGACGUCCAUCCAACUGCUGAUGGCAGAACCCAACCCUGACGACCCACUCAUGACUGACAUUUCCAAUGAGUUUAAGUUCAACAGACCCUUGUACCUGGAGAAUGCCAAGCGCUGGACAGAGAAGCAUGCUAUGGACAACACUACAGGAACUAGUGGGCCGUCUACAUCUAGUACCUCAGGGAAGGAGAACCAUCCCCAGAGCAGCGAGAAGACGGAAGCUUCAGGUGAGGACAGUGAUGGUGAGGAGAUGAGGAGAGCUCCUGUAUCUGGUGCUGUGAAUAGACUCAAGAAAAGACCUGCCUUACAGACCAAGUCUGGGGUAAAGAAACAGUGCUCGUGAAGUAAGGAGGGUUACUGUACCUCACCUAUACUAGUCCUUGUAAAGUACAAAAUGUAGGUCUGUGAUGGCCGGGCAUUAAGAGUAAAUGACAAAGGCAGUUUUUAUCUUUUAAUCUUUUUAUCAGUCUCUCAUACAUAUGCUUGAGUUCAGAAGAAUCAGAAUGUAUAUGUUAACAUAAAUACCAUAAUGCACAGAUCAUCAACAGUAAGUUAUAAAAAGAAGAAAUUGAACUAAAGCAAUACACUUGAUUUCCUUCUGCCAUGUCUGCUAAACAUUAUGAUUUACAAAACAUGUACUACAUGUUGAUUUUUUCUCAACUAUCUAAACAGACAUUGAAACAAAUACCAGACCCUUAGAUCGAGAUCAUUUAGUCUUUAUUCAUGUUAGCAACAUUAUGUUAUUUUCCUUAGAGAAGCAGAUACCUGACAUUUAAGAAGCAGCUUUUAAGAAAAUUAUGAAAGUAACAGUUUUCUAGAAGUAGUUGUUUUUAAAGUUAAGUUAAUAAAUAAAUGCUGUCAUUUUGCAA